UACAAAAUAGCAAAUACACCCCUUCUCCUUUCUCUUCUUAAAUUUAAACCCUAAAAUCUUGACUGAUUGGUCUUUCCUGGUUCGACCAAAAAAAACCCUCCCUUUUGCCUCCUCUCUUAUCUACUAGGAGAUCAACGAAAAUGACGGUGGAAGCAGUGAACCCCAAAGCCUACCCACUCGCAGAUGCGCAGCUCACAAUAACAAUUAUGGAUCUUGUCCAACAAGCUGCUAACUACAAGCAGCUCAAGAAGGGUGCCAAUGAAGCGACGAAGACCCUGAACAGAGGUAUCUCUGAGUUUGUGGUGAUGGCUGCAGACACCGAGCCCCUUGAGAUUCUCCUCCAUCUUCCUUUGCUCUCUGAGGAUAAGAACGUACCUUAUGUAUUUGUUCCUUCAAAGCAAGCUCUUGGUCGCGCAUGUGGAGUCACAAGACCUGUCAUUGCGUGUUCAGUUACAUCUAAUGAGGGUAGCCAAUUGAAAUCCCAAAUACAACAGCUCAAGGACGCCAUCGAAAAGCUCUUAAUCUAAGUUUAUGAACGCACGCCAUCAGUGUGGCGGGCCUCUUGGAUUGGAGUUGUUGCCUUUGGAGGCUGAGUGAUGAAGUUGUGCUUCAAGAGGGUGGAAGCUUUGAAUUACAACCUCAAACUUCAUAGAAUUGGAUUAAUCUAUAGCUGGUUUAAUUGCUGUUUCGAGAUAGUUUCAAUUGUUACAUUAAAUUUUGCUUGCGACAUGCUGUUUACUCUAAUUUUUUUGAAAUAAGGGUUUAGGAAGGGGACAAGACUCGAACCCACGUUCUAUCGGGUGGGUCGGUCACUUAAAUGCAACGUGAUUGUUGUUCAUGGUUUUUCUGAAAUUCUGGUGGUGUUUUUCAAAAUUA